AUGGCGUGCUCGAAGGCGGCCUGCAUGGUGUACCUGGCGGGCUUCACGGUGAGCGCGGCGCCCGAGGUCAAGUCCCGCGCGCACGCCUUCAAGGUGUACCACACGGGCACGGCCUUCUACUUCGCCUGCGACUCGCGGGACGCCCAGCUGGCCUGGAUCCAGCUCAUACACCGCGCCACGCUGCUGCCCUCGCUCGCCACCAACAUGGACGUAUCGAAGCAGUUCUCGGAGACUGACUACUCGGAGACGGAGUCGGACACGGAGAGUCCGCAGCCGGAGGCCCGCGAGCGCGACAAGGACAAGUCCAAGUUCGGCUCCCUGAAGAAGCUCACGACCCGCAUGCAGCGCGCAGACUCCGACGCCGCGCACUCGUCCACCUCGCUCGACCGCAAGUAUCUGCGCUUCUUCUACAGGAACAAGCCCAAGGACGACGCCAAACCCAAGAACAAACAAUCUGGUGUCCCGGUACCGACCGAGCACUACCGCAGCUACCGACGAGUGGCCAGCCCCGCGUCCCCCGCGGCCCCGGCGCCGGGCCCCGGGCCGGAGGGCAGCGAGGCGGGCCCCGCAGCCCCGCGCCUGCCCAAGCCCAUCAACUACAUCCACGCGUCCAACCCCAACCUGCUGGACUUCGACAACAGCGACUUCGUAACCAAACCCACACUACACGUGCCCAAACCUAAGGCUAAAGGUGACGGCGUGGGCCUGGUGACCCUGGAGCAGUUCAUGCUGGACAAGCAGGCGGAGGAACGGCGCGCGGCCUACAGCGGCCGCGUACUGCUGGGGGUCGAGGCCUCGCGGGCAGACCUGCGGGCGCGGCUACUGCAUGUCGUGCCGGACGUCAUCUACGGCGAGCUGUGUGCCGGGCCGCACGGUUACGAAAAGAUAGUGUACAGAGAUGAGGCUACUAGCAGUAGUUCGACACAGAGCGGGGCCGGCGCCGCGCAGGCUGGGCAUAGCGCCGCGCCACCGCCCGGCCACGGGGGACUCGGUGCCCAGCCCGGACUAGGGGGGCAGGUUGGGCAGGCGGGGCAGGCGGGGCUGGCGGGGCUGGCAGGGCCCGCGGGGCCGGCAGGGUCUGCGGAGCCGAGCGGGCAGGCGGGCGGGGCGGGCGGUGCGGGCGGUGCGGGCGGGGCGGGCGGCGCGGGCGGGGCGCGGCGCGCGGCAGCGGAGCGGUGGAGGGACUCACUGCGACGGAACGACAAGGUCCACUGGAGUCGCGCCGAGCCCAAGCCCGCGCCACUAGACAGACGCUACCCCCACCUGCAGUGUCCGCCCACGUUCCAGCCGGAGACAUACUCGCUCCUGCGCCCGCCGCACCACUGA